AUGGACGAAAUUGGAAUUUCUGGAAAAGUCGAGGUAUUUAUUUUUCUCUGAAUGGGUACUUCGCAUGAAACUUGGCAUAAUGGUCACGAUCCAAUGAUCGAAAUACUCCAGUUUCUUUAUUUUGAAAUUUGGGAAUGACUGAAUGUACGUUUGAUUUUUAGGUGACUAUUUUGCUAUUUGCCAAGGCCAAAGAACUUGCGAACACAGGUCAAGGUUCGCUCAACUUGCCAAGCCAAGCCAAAGGUCGUUUGAUUCUUGAAGAAAUUCUUUGUACCUGGCCAAGGUAAUUGUUUUAUAAGGGCGAUGCAGUUAGCCGUAUACAUUUACCAUUCUGGUGUAUGAAAAUUACUGCUAACUCCACAAUUGCUAUUCAUUUAGUUUAUGGUGCAAUUUCUUUACAUGUGUUUAUAUUUCUGUUACAUACACCAGGAUGAAAAUUGUAUACGACUAAUCAUGUCUUGCCAUCUACACAACACAAUGAGUCCUUUAAACGCGCUAUGAUUCCUAUAUUCAUGACAGCCGUCUUUGUGCACGCCUAAUUACAGGAAUGGCAAAUUUGCCUGCAUAGCCUGCCCAAAUCAUAAUCUAUUUAACCCCAACCUGUUUAAUCCAUUAGAUUGCAUUGUACCCUGCUUCAUUAUUUUCAGGGAUGGAUCCAGCAUGAUCUGGUGGGUGCUCUGCCAGCUCUAGUGCCAAGUUGUGUCGGUCAUGUGUGCCGCCCGCCCGUCAACUUACUUCACUGCUGCAAAGUCUUGCUUGACUACUGUAUUUGAAUUGUAAUUGUUGUUCACAGUUCGCUUAUCAUCAUGUUAUUACUCAAAUUACUGUAUUUUGUCUCUGAUAAUUUUUGCUUUAUCAUGAAAAAUAGCACACCCCCCCCAUACCCCCCCUGGCCAGGGCUAGGGGGGGGUGCACACCUCCAGUAAAUCCAUUCCUGAUUAUUUUACUCCGUCUAAUACCUGGCCCAUGUAUGUCCAGUUAACGCAUUAAGUUGCAUUGCACCCUAAUGCUCCAUACUUUCUAAUGCCUCUCUAAUGCCAGAUGAUUUUACUCAUCAAGGAGAGAAUGCUACCACUCAAUGAGUUAAGUGCAAUGUGCCCUACUUUACAUUUUACUCUGUCUAAUGCCAGACAAUUUUACUCGUCAAGGGGAGAACGCUGGUGGUGCUCAAUGCCGGGUUAUUAAUUUUUUUACCAUUCUGGAUUUCCUUUGCAGUCUGCAACCACUUUCAUCAUGUCUGAUGCUUGCUCUGAAUGAGACAUACAUAGAUCUUGAGGAAACAGUGAACUUGAAAAACGCUGAUGAAAUAGCUGUCAUCCCACCUCUAAGCGGAGGUUGA